AUGGACGGUCAAUUGGGUCUUCGGGGCACAUUCAGUCCAUCGCUCCGAGAUCGUUCGAUCUGGAAAGUAAUCGGGCCUGUCUUGACAGCUUCAUCGGAGGUCAUCAAAGAAGCGCGGAGUCCACAGACAAGUGAUUUCGAUUUUCAGCAAAUAAACAGUGCUCAACACCUCCAAGUCCUUCUCUUAACUCUGUUCUCUCUCGAAGACAACGAAAAACAAAAUACCAAUCUUCGACUUAGACACUUCGCUACCUCAGAUACUUCACUAUACCCCAAAAAGGCAGUUGCGCUUAUGUUGUCACAAGACGCAUUUACGAGUGCUAGUGGGAAGUACAGCCUUGACGGCCUUCUAGCGUUGCAGGUGUUUAUGUUCGAGAGUCUCACGAGUCCUCUUCCGGUGAUUCCUAUACCGGACGCGCCCUCGUUCCUUCCAGCUAUUCACAAGUACAUGGCGAAUCUCGAGGAUAUACCGUUGGGCAGUCCGUCUCUCGCCGACUCCGUUGCGCUACUAGCUCAGACUACUUCAGACUGUAGCACCCUUGGUGAGCAGGCUAGCAAUAUAUUGAGUGACUUGUUCCCAUCGUUCCGAAAAUUAAGCGAAGCCACCCACGCACGGGAAGGCCGAAAUCUUAUCGAGGAUUACUUAGGGAAGGAUACAGCAAAGAGAGUUAUAAGAUUCUGGCAAGAGGAUAUUUCCCGAGAAUAA